AUGAUCACUCCAGAGAUUGUCAAAAUUGAGUGUGAGCGGAAGUUUGGAUUGACACCCAAGGAGGAUCAAAUAAAGGUCAUCCAAUGUAUUGACCAAGGAACAGAUUGUGUCCUAAUCGCGCCAUGCGGAUGGGGCAAAACGCUUGUCUAUUUCCUUCCUCCGGUUCUUUGGCUAGAGCAGACUAUCCUUAUAAUAAGCCCUCUGAAGGCGACUAUGUGGGAACAAUCUGCAAAGCUAAACAAACUUGAGAUCAGGAAUGUAGCUUUAUCUGCUGGGGAUCAAAUUACCUCCAACGAGCAACUAGUUAAGGAUCUUUCCGAGGGUAUCUACAGGGCUGUUUUCGUAACCCCUGAGCUCUUGUUUGAAAGCGACCACUUAAAAGGAAUCUGGAGAAAUAAGAGAUGGCAACAGCAAUUAUUGGCCGUGAUUGUAGAUGAUGCCCAUGUUGUGAGUACAUGGGGCGAUAAAUUCAGGGAGGCAUAUUCAAUGAUUUUCUCCUUUCGACCUACGAUCCGAAAUAUACCUUUUAUUGCUGUUUCGGCUACGCUCCCCAAAUAUCUACUAGGAGACGUUACUCGGGCAAUACGAAUGGAGGAUCCUCUAAUCAUCAAUCUUGGGAAUGAUCGACCAAACAUCAGAUAUGAGGUGAAGAUAUACUGCAGGAAAAAGGGCGAGCGCUACUCACAUUUCAACUCCCUCUUGAAUUUCAAAAAAAAGACUAUUGCCUACUUUGACGCAAAGAACGAGAUGAUGGGGGUUUUCGAGCAUUUAAAAAGCGUGGCCGGCAGCAACGCGUCUAAAAUCGACGUUUUUCAUGCUAAUUUAUCUGAAGAGGGCAAAAUUCACCAUUUGGAGCGGUUCGCACAGGGAGAAAUCUUGCUACUCCUUUCAACAGAAGCGGCAGGAAUGGGAUGCGACAUAGGUGAUAUCGAUCGAGUUGUUCAAGUCGGCGUACCCGACUCUGUAGUAUCACUUGUUCAACGACUCGGGCGCGCAGCCCGCGAUCCACAGCGGAAAGGGGUUGGCAUUGUCUUAGUAGCGGACGGUGAAGUUAACAGCAAGCUUUCCAAGGAUGCAGCAGUCGGAAGAGCGGCCCCCAAACGCAUGAAGUUUGAUCAAGCUGUCAACGACUUCAUCAACACUAAGUUGUGCAGAAGAGCUGUACUUAACAACGUAUUCCAAAACCCGCCUGGAUACACUGAAGACUGCUGUGAUUUGUGUAGGCCUUGCCUGGACGAAGAUGUGUCGCACAACGAUGUCCUAAAGCGUGCUCCAAAAUGGGUAUCUGUUAGUGCGCCUCGGACUGCCGAACAGAAGAGGCUUGCAAAGGAUAUCUUGGUUUCGUGGCGACUUGAAGCAUUUAACCGAGAUCUAUAUCCUAUAUGUAGCGAAGCCACUCCCAGCUGCGUAUUGCCUGAGAAGGUGCUCGAAAAAUUGGGGGAUAAUUUUGGGAAGAUCACAGAUACUGCAUCAAUCAACGAAUUGACAAUAUGGACACCGUUCUUCGAUUUCCACUUGAGCCAGGUGGCAGGAAUAUUGAAGAGAUUGAAUGCAGAUAUCAAUGAUGGCAGCCAGCUACGGGAUGUAGCGGUGUACCUAAAGGGAUCAACUGGAGACAAUCAUACUGUGCAGACCAGAUGCGCCGAUAAGCCGCUGGAAGGCGGAAGUUUCCUGUAUGGGGAUAAAUAUCAAUUGCUGCACCGUCCUGCCCCGAUCUCCAGGGAUUUCCGGAGCAACUCCAACCCAAAUACACAACCCUUGCCACUCUUUCCAGGCGAAUUUUUAGAACUAGACUUGCCCAGAAAAGAAUCCGCUGCAGUUCAAGAGAUCCUGUCGAUGGAUGUUUCCGAAAUACCAACUUCUCCAAGCUUACGGUCGUGGCGACUAGACUGCCCAUCGGAUGCGCCCAUACUGCCACCGUCCCCCAUAUCCGAACUUCCACACCAAGGCCACAGUUUAAGAUCAUUGAUUACUCCACAGCUUUGA